AUGCACUUUGUUGAAGACCACGCGUGGCCAAGCCCCCAGUCGUUUCUCCUCUCCCCUCUCUCCACUGUCAAGCACAGCAUCACAAUGCCUCGUCACCGUCACGGCAAAAAGUAUCUCUAUCUGGAGCCGCCCAUCCACGGCUCCAAGACUGUCCGCACUCGCGUCACCACCAUCGUCCCGCCGCCUCGGGAGCCAACACCACCUCCGCCGCCGCCGCCUCCGCCCCCACUGCAGCUGCCCCCGAUCAUCAUCCAAGCACCGCCACCACCUCCACCUGUCCUUCUCCCCCCACCGCCAUCGCCAUCGCCGCCAUCGCCGCCGCCGGUGGUGGUGCCCGACGAAGAAGAGGACGACACCAUUGACGUUAUUGCGGUCGACGUCGAGCCGGAAGAGGUGAAACCCAAGAAGAAGAAGAAGAAGGCUAAGAAGGAUAUUGAGCACGAGACCGUCUAUGUGGAGCGUGAGCGUAUUGUGCCCGUCCAUGUCCCCGUGCCCAUGCCCAUGACUGUCCAGAUGCGUCGUCGCAAGCUGUCUCCAACGCCUGCUCCUCCACCACCGCCACCGCCACCGCCACCAGCACGGACGCCUGAGUACGAAACUUUUCGGUACGUUGACGCGCCGCGGCGGAUGAUGCCCUCGCCGCCACCGCUACCGCCUCCGUCGCCGCCACGCGCCGAACAAUGGGAAACGCACGACCGUAUUGUUAUUCGCGACCGUGAGCGUGAGGGGCGUCGACCCCGAGAUUACUACCGGUAUUAG